UCCCCGAUAAAUAUAGGGCAUUUUCUUUAAUUUAGUAAAUCACACCUAUUGUCUUCCGCCACUUAUGUUGCUGUCCUCGAUCUAAUUUCAUAAGCUGGAUCACAACAUACUGUUGUUCCAAGAAAAUUAUGGGUCUUCUUCGUCUUUCUUCCUUGAGCCUCUUCUGUCAACUCGCAUUCCUGUGUGCUCAAGGCAGGGUGAUAGCAGGACGGCAUUGGGGAUCAGAUGAAGAGCAGAUCAUGCCCAACCGUGUUCUUUUAGUGAAGCCUAAACAAGCAUCCCUAGUUGCUCACAGUAAGGUUCCCAUUGAUCCUGCUCUAAAUGUCUUCUUCACAUUGGACGACCUCAAAGCUGGGAAGCAAAUGCCCAUAUACUUCCCCAGCAAAUUAGCAGACCCUUCCAAGUCCUCGAGGCUCUUGACCAGAGAGCAAUCCGACUCCAUCCCUUUCUCAUCAGCUCAGCUCUCGCACCUCCUGUCCUUCUUCUCCAUCCCCGAGGGCUCUCCUCAGGCUAAGGCCAUGGAGUACACGCUCAUGCAGUGCGAGCUCGAGCCCAUCGAGGGAGAGACGAGGUUCUGUACCGCCUCCCUAGAGUCCAUGCUCGACUCGGCCCGCGAGGUCUUCGGGCCAAAAGCCCAGUUCAGAGUCUUGACUACCACUUACCUCCCCAACAAGAAGCAGAACGCCAGAGACGACCCAUUGCAAAACUACACAAUCUUGCAAGCGCCCAAGCAGAUUGAUGAGACUAGGGUCCUGGGUUGCCACACCAUGGCGUACCCAUACAUGGUGUUCUAUUGCCACAGCCAAGCAAAGAGCGAGAACAGAGUGUAUCAGAUUUCUCUGGGUAGUGGGGGUGGAGAGGACGGAGGAGGAGAGAGAUCGGUAGAGGCGGUGGCCGUCUGUCACAUGGACACGUCGCUGUGGGACAGAGACCACGUCUCGUUCCGAGUCCUCGGUGUCGAGCCCGGGUCCUCCCCGGUUUGCCACUUCUUCCCCCCGGAUAAUCUCGUGUGGGUGGCCCCUUAGUACAGCCGUAUAAGUCACUCGUUUAAUUAUCAGGGCAAGUAUAUGUUUGCAACGAACAGUAAUAUUAAUUACGUAAGGUGUCGUAUCUUGUUCACGCGGGUGGGUGUGUGUGUAUGUAUGUAUGUAUGUCUGUAUGUGUGUGUGUAUGUAUUGACCGCUGCAUAUGAAUCCGUGUGAAAAAUGGUGGGUUCUUAUAUGGUCCAUCUGCUCGAGUCUUUGAUAUUACUUCGGAGGUGUCUAGCCAGUAGCUACACAUUUUCUGUCCAUGGCGCGACAUUGAUGUUAUGAGGAGAGAGUGAGAGGUAA